AAAUUUCACACACACAGACUUGGAAAUGUCUGGUUUCACGUGUAGAGACCUUAUGAAGAUGAAGAUCAAAUGGGAUUUUAUGCAACAAAGGGAAGAAACCAAGCAUGUUCAUCAAAGGAUCAUGCUGGUUUAAAUUAGAAUUCCCAUUCUUCUCUCCCUCUCUCUCUCUCUCUGUCCAUUCAUCAGUUUUCCAUAACAUAGCCUCUUAUUAUGGAGAUCGCCUUCCACCUCCAUGAAAGCCAUCGCCAUAGCUUUCUCCAAACUCUAAUGCAUUCUUUUGGCUGCACUUACAUUUGCCUCUGGUCUUAUUUACCUCAACCAUCCAAGUCUCUGAUCUCUCUCUCUCUCCCUCUUCUUUCCCUUUUGUAUUUUCUUCUGGGUUUUGGUCAUUUUGUGCUGAUGGGUUUUGGUUGUUUUAUGGACAUGACAUGCAGCUGCUUGAGGUUUUUGGAUGGCUUAUGCGUACAGGAGAUUGAAGUACAGACAUGUUCUUCAUCUGCUGGGAGUUUGGCUCAGCUGCUUUUUGAGGAAUAUAGGCAAUUAGAAUUCAGUGUUGAAGAUGGGCUUGUUCCAGGACUAGCACACAAGCACAAUGAUCCUUGUCUGAAGUUGGAGGAUUCCCAGCUUCAAACUUAUGCUUCUGCUGAUAUACAAAGACAAUUUUAUCUCGCAGCAAGGAUUCAGGCUUCGAUCUUUUUGGGGAGCAUCAAUGGAGAAAUUGAGCUCGGUUUCUCUAAUGUUUCUCAGGUUGACAUGCAGAUGAUAAUAAACUUGUUACCUGGUGAUGUUGUUGGUCCCAAGAUUCCAUUGGAGCUUCCUCAGCCAGCAACAAAACUAAAAUUGAUCCCGAGCCCGAGUCUGAGCCCGAUCCCGAACCCGAACCAGCUUUCAUCUUCUACUUCUUCCUUGAGAUCACAGUCAAUGGACAGCCCUGCAGAGUGCUCUUCUCUUCUGCUUAAUGCAAUUCAAACCACUCCCCAUAUUACAGAGCCCUUCACAGCUGACAUUCCCAUUCUGCCAAGCCAGCAUCAGCACUCCAUGGACUCCAUUUUUGCCCAAGCAAGAAACCUUCAGUUCCCCACGCCAGAGGCCUUAGAUGAAGCCAUGACAAGAACCAUUCUAGCUGUUCUGUCUUCGCCAGCCGGUUCAUCUUCCUCCUCUAUGCAUAAGACUUUAGAGGGGAUGAUUACUCCAAGCUACCAUUUGAAUGUAAAAGCCAGUGCAUUCAAGAAAUAUGCUAGAGUACAAACCCCGACUACGGCACGGUUGAAUCAAAACUUGAGCACCAGGCAAAGCUUGCUCAAGAGAUCAUUAGCUUUCAUGAGAAACUUGAAUCUCAUGAGGCUUCGGGAGCGCAUGCCAACGGCAAGUCGACCAACGACCUCACAACUACACCAUGUGAUAUCAGAGCGGCGGCGGAGGGAGAAGCUCAAUGACAGCUUUCAAGCAUUGAAAUCUCUACUCCCUCCAGGAACUAAGAAAGACAAAGGAUCAGUGCUAACAACUACAAGGGAGUAUAUGAGUUCUUUGAAAGCUCAAGUGGCUGAGCUUAGUCGAAGGAACCAACAAUUGGAAGCACAGCUUUUGCAAAGUGCAAAAGAAGAAGAAACAAGUGUUUUUUCCCAAGAAGAAAGAUUCAGAGUUGGAAUUUCACAAGUUUCAGAGUCGACAUCAGAAGGCCAAAUUAUAGAUUUGCAUAUAACAACUAGAGGAGAAUCUCCAUUGACAGACAUGGUCAUUGGAGUUCUUGAGUUCUUGAAGCCGCUUAACAAUGUGAGAGUUGUAUCCAUGGAAGGCAACACCCAGUUAACACCUUCAAGUUCAACUAACCACCUAACUUUGAGAUUAAUCAUUGAGGAGAAUGAAUGGGACGAGUCUGCCUUCCGGGAAGCAGUGGAAAGGGUUGUAUCUGACCUGGCUCGGUGAUAACAGAACCAAUCACUAUCUCGAAUUGGUCAACUGCUCAGUUGAUCUCCACCACUCGUUCCC